ACACUCGAAAAAAAUCAUGAACGUCAAAUAUGUUUCAUUUCUCUUAUCAAUCUAAGAUUUUGUAUCUAUUUUGGUAAACGAUAUGUAGUCGUUGCAUUACAUUAUUCAUCCUACUAUCUUUUCUGCAUUUUUAUUGAACACUGCUGUUUCAGCACAGAUGUUUGCGCUAUUCAACUAAAAUAAGCAGCAGUGAAAAGAAAAUGGAAUCGAUAAUGACAAACAAGAAUGAUCGCUAAAUGGAGUAAACUCUUUAUUAGCUCCGCCUACUUCUCAUGACGUCAUCAAUUGAGGGGCUUUUGUCAGAUUAUUAAACUCCGAAGACGCACUGCAAGUAAUUCCUGAAUUUAUCUGCUUUGAAUUGUCUAUCUAAUUGCCUGUAUUUUUUUUAGUGUAUCUUUUCCUUUACGAAGAAAGCGAUACGUUUCUUCUUUGUUCAUUUUGACUUACUAUAAGUCGAUUAUCAUAAGAAAAAAAUGGACCUUAAGAAAAAUUUUGAUUGUUUCAUUUUCCCAGCAAACAUGGAGCUAAACAACCAAACGCAUAAGCAUAAAAGUUAUCCUUGUGAACAUGAAAUGCAACUAAAGGGAGAAACAACUUCUACCUCAGACAAUUUAUUUCAUGAAGAUGUCAACUCAGUGAAUCAUAUCUGUAAAGAAAACAAUGUAAUUGAAGAUGUUGAUAAUACUCUUAUCACUGGGGUAUCUUUGGAGUCUGACUCAAAUGGCUUUGCCCCACAAGAUGGAAUUAUUAUAGAUUUAAAAGAUAAAACUAAUAGUCCACAAGUGGAACCUGGUGGCGUAGAUAUACUCGCUAUUGAAAACUUCGAUAGUAUGCUAACUGCUGAGAAAACUAAGGCAAUGGACAUAUAUUAUGAAGAAGAAAACCUGAAUUAUUGUGUUGAUAGUGAUGUUCCUCUGCUCAGUUCAUCAGUUGAAAGUGAUAUGUCUGUAGAGGUCUUAAAUCCUUUAGAUAUUUGUAAUGUCUAUUCUGAGAGAAAUCAAUCAGACAGUGAUGUUUCACUUUUAAGUAUGUCUGGGGAUGAAGUUAGUAAUGGUGAGCCUGAAGAAUAUAAUAAUUAUGAGCUUGCGCAUACCACUGCUUCAGAUCAUUGUAACAUCUUACCAAAUGUUACAGAAAAUAAAAGUGACAACUACAUCACUCCUUUGAAUUUAAACAAUCCAUCCACAGAUACGUUUCUCUCUUAUGAAAAUAAACUCAAUGAUUCUAAAGAAUUAUUUAUAAUACCUGAAGCAAAACAACUGCAAGAAGCAUUUAUGGAUCAAACAGAAUCAAUUAAUUCUAGGGUCAAAUAUUAUACAAAAUUUAUUGAUAAUCCUGAAUUAGCAUCAAGUCAAUCAACUAAUGAAAUAAAAAACUUUACAGAGAAAACGUUUUUACAUCAAAAUGGUGAUGCACCUGGUGGUGAGAUUAUAAAUCAAUGUGACCAGAAGAUGGCAGAACUAAGUAUGAUGAAUAAUUCUUUGUUAACACAUUCCACAAGUAAUAACAUCAAUGAUACUGCAACAACUUGGCACUUUUAUGAUAAGGAUUCCUCUCUGGUUGAAUGUAGUCAAGAUUGUUCGUUAAUGAAAAACUUUGACCCCCAUUCUCCAUCAGUUAUGGACAGUAACACCCCUGAAAUCUCUGCAGAAUUCUCACAGACAUGUUUGGAAGCCUCUCAACUGAAUGGUAAUGAGAAGCAACAAUAUGGAGAGGCCAUUCAGGAAGUGGUUGCUUUGGAAAAGCAAGAUAGUUGUGAUAGCACUUUGCCACUUAUUGAUUCUGAAAUAAUUUCAAUUGAUUCUCUUUAUUCUAAAAAUUUCAGCAACAGUAACAUAUCAGAGAUUGAACCUACUUUCAGCAAAGAAAAAAAUGGUCCUUUGCUUCAUUUUCUUGGAAGCUCAAACUUAAUUUCCACUUCUCACUGUUCAAGCCAAGAGCAUGUGAACUUGUCCGAUGCAUGCAUUCAUAUGCUAAAUAACUUAAACAACAGUUAUUCUAAUAUAUCAUUAAUGCAUAUAUCUUCUUUGAAGAAUAUUCAAGAAACUUACGAGGACAAUAUUUCUGUCAUAUCUUCUGAAACAGUAAAAACUACAAAUCACUGGAAGAAUUUAAUUGCAUACAGUAUUGGAUUCAUGGUCAUGUACAUGGCAUUUGGAUCAUUGCGUCAUUUGCAGAGCAGUAUUAACAACAGUAAUGGUGUUGGACUUAUCACAUUGUCUUGUCUUUUUGCGUUUUUUGUUAUAGGAUCUUUAUUUGCAUCUUAUGUUGUUAAAGAACUUGAACCUCGCCGAGCCACCCUUGUAACUGUUCUAUUUCAUAUCCUAUAUGUAAUUAGCAAUUGUUACCCCAGUAUCUAUAUUCUUAUGCCAGCAUCAGCAAUGCUUGGAUUUUGGAAUGCUGUAUCUUGGGGUGCUCAAGGAAUAUAUAUUCAACGGCUUGCCUGUGAUUAUGCCAUUAAGAAAGGAAAAAAGACUGAACAUAUUUGUAGUAAAUUUCAUGGUGUGUUUUAUUUGAUAUUGUUUUUCUCAGAAGUAUUUGGGAAUUUAAUUUCAUCUUUAAUACUAAGCAGCAGUGAAACUGGUUCUUCAUUUAAUGAACAGAAUCAGACAGACUUCUAUUAUAAAAAUUCUACUCUAGAAGCAAUUACCAAUAUCACUCAUAAGAAUCAGCAAUGUGGUAUAAACUACAACCAUUUAAAACAUGAGGAUGAGAAAAGUAUACCAAUAUCACAAAAUAUUAUUUUUUUGUUGACUGCUAUCUUUACUGGUUUAGAUAUAUUAGCCUUUGCUAUUAUUUUCUUUUUUGUGGAUCCUCUCACUUCUAAUUACAGAAACAGUUUACCUCAAACAGCCAGAAACUGUGAAAAGUUGUGGAGAGACAUAAAAUCUGUUCUAAUUUUCACGAAAGACUGGCGUUUUGUAUUAUUAAUUCCAAUAUAUUUAUUUAGUGCCAUGCAUUUGGCUUACAUCAGUGCAGAAAUAACGAAGGCAUUUGCAACAUGCAUGCUUGGUGUUCAUAUGGUCGGGUACUUGAUGAUUUGUUAUGGAAUAUCAGAUGCUCUCAGUUCUUAUAUAUCUGGUUGGCUGAAUCAAAUUACUGGUAGAAUUUUACUAAUAACCAUAGGAUCAUUGUCUUUUCAACUGGUCAUUCUCAGCUUGUUCUUAUGGCAACCAGUGAGCACCUCCCUUUUACCGUAUAUCCUCAUUUUUGGAUUUUGGGGAUUAUCAGAUGGAUUCUAUGCUUCUCAGUUGUGUUCUCUUACUGGUAUGGUGUUCUCUGAAAAAUCCGAAGAGGCAUUUUCAGCAUUCCGUAUGAUGCAAGGUGUAGGGUUGACUUUAGCUUAUGCUUAUGCAUCAAGCUUAUCUCUUGACAUUAAGUUAUAUAUCCUAAGUGGUACUGGCAUAAUUGCCUGGAUUAUGUAUAUGUUGAUGGAACACUACUUGCGAAAGAAUGAACAUGUUAAAUCUAUUGGAAAAAAUAACAAUAUGCUCAAUGCUUAAAAUAUUGAUUUACCAGUGUUUUAGUAUUGUGUAGCUUGUCAAUACUAUAUAUAUACUAUGUAUAUAUAUAUAUAUAUAUAUAUAUAUAUAUAUAUAUGUAUGUAUGUAUUCGUUCAUUCAUUUUAACAUCUAUUUUCCAUCAAAUUGGACAGAUUUAUUUGAGGCAGGAUUUUACGGCCAGAUGUUCUUCCUGUUAAGUUUACCUGUUUUUCAGGUAAGCAAGAUCUUUAUUCCACGUCUUUAAAACUGCAGAAUAACUGGUCUAGCAGUGACGAGCAUCGAAUAUAUAAACACUGAUGUAUAUUCACAUGCACAUGUGCACAUACACACACACACACAUGCGCGCGCAUGCAUAUGCCAGGGCCCACCCCUGUAAUUUCUAUCUGCCAGCUUGCCUGACAUGGCAAUUUGAUAGAUGGAAUACACACACAUAUAAUGUCCUUUAUCAAAAAGAUUAACUAUUAAAUUUGCUAUAAUCAUAUUGAUUAUACUGCACUAUAUGAUAUAUAUUUAUGUGUUUGUCAGACAGUUUGAUAAACUGUCAAACAAAUACAGUUAUCACUUACGUCUAUUCAUGAAACAUUUUUCUUUGAAUAAAAUAAUUUUUUAUACUCUCUA